AUCCAGCUCAACGUAUCGCACACACGCGUCUCUAAUACAAAACAAAUUCAAAACUCCGAAAACCCUUUAUAACAAUGGCUUUCUUCAAAUCCCUGAUCUGCUUGGCUGUCUUGAGUGUGGCCUCAGCCGGUGUCCUGCACGGUGGUCCAGCUCUAUAUGCAUCUGCACCAGCUCUCUAUGCUGGUCAUGGACAUCAUGACGAAGGAUUGGACUAUCAUGCUUACCCCAAGUAUCACUACAAUUAUGGUGUAGCUGAUUCCCAUACCGGUGAUGUCAAGUCGCAGCAUGAGGUGCGCGAUGGUGAUGUUGUGAAGGGCUCCUACUCUCUGGUUGAGCCCGAUGGUUCGGUCCGUACUGUGGAAUACACCGCCGAUGAUCACAAUGGUUUCAAUGCCGUUGUCCACAAAUCGGCCCCAACUGUUCAUCAUGCCGCUCCAGCUGUUGUUGCCCAUGCUGCUCCAUUGAUCUCUCAUGCUGCUCCCUUGGUUGCGCAUGGUGGUCCAUCUAUUGCCCAUCAUGUGGCUGCUGCUCCAGCUAUCCCAUAUGCUGGCCAUUUGGCGCAUGCUGCUGCUGUUCCCGCUUACGGUUAUGCCACCCACAAUGCUCAUGCGCAUGUGGCCCAUUACUAAAGCGUUCACAGAAGCGAGCGAGAGAGAGAGAGAGAGUGCCAAACAAAGCCUCCUCCUUCUUAACGCUAUUAUCACAAUCAACACCACACCACCACCACUACCACUACCAACAACCACCCCCUCUCGUCCACUCUUUUAUAUAAUUUAUUAAGCACGUUGACGACCUCACAAAAUGGAAAUUCAAUUGUAAUAAUUUUUUUUUUUUUUUGUGUUUAAACGGAUGAUCCGAUCCUCUGAUGAAGAAACCUGCUCGUAUACUCAAGUCAUCAAGUUCCAGUCACCUUGUACAUACAACAGAAAAGAAAGAAAACUAAAAAAAAAGAAAAGCCUACGAAAAGAUAGUAAGGACAUUAGAGCAGAGCAUCUUUGGAAGUAUCAUCAUUAGUCGCUCUGUCUCUUUGUCUCUCACUCUUACUCUUACUCCAAUGAUCACCCAUUGCUGCUGUCUCUGUCUCAGCUUUCGCAUAAUUCUCUCGAUUUAUUCAUAUGUUUUUUUUUUUCUCAAAUCAUUUAAAGUUCUUUUUCUUCUUUGUACAUAACAUUUACAAAUGACGAAUGCCCAUCAUGCCACGCCCACGAACAUACACACUCACACAUGUAAAAACCAUAUCGAAGAAGAGGAUAAUGAAAAGAAAAAUGAAAAACAAA